UAUAGCGGUUUCAGGUAUGUGCUGUUAGCAUGUAGCGUUGACUAAUUCGUUUUUUAUCUUUACUUGUUGCACUAAUGGCUCGGUUAUUGCACCCUUAGCCUGUGUUUUCAUCAUUGUGUGUGUCCCUGUCGGAUGCUGUUCGGAUCUGUUUACUGCCCUCCUUUCAGGUAUGAGGAAGUUGUAUUACAAUGUCUAGCUUCAAUGUGGGUCGGGUGGCAUGAGUAAUGUGCAGUCCUUGUACUUCAGUUUAAGAGCGGGUUAUUUGAGGGCUGCUUACCAUGAGCGGUGAAUUGAUCCUCGUGAACUCCUCUAUCCGCAUUUGGAUUCUCCCUCUUUUUCGUCCUGUGCGAUUAUCACUGCAGUUUGGGUUUUUCCUCCACUGCAUGCCGAGCGAAUAAUAUCAGCUUACAACUAUUUAAAGGGACUUCUGCUGCUGCCGUCUGGUUUCUGUGCUAGUUUUAACUGACCUGUUCCGGUCUGCUCUGGGGUAGAAGAUCGCGCAUUUCUUGGGGCUGGCCUGAGAACGACAAAGUCUUUUUACAAAGUCUUCUAUUGUGUUGAAUCGUGACUUCCAUUUGUUUCUCAUUUCAUUUCUGUUUAGGAGAUGUAUUUAUUGUAUUUUUGAUUUCUUUCAGGAGCUGGGGUCCCACGGGUGAAAGAUCUUUUGGUGUUGGUGCUACUUCAACGUGUGCCGUGCGACAUUCUUGAAGUGUACGAGUGUGUGAUCUGAGUUCACGGUGAGUUCUCACUGCAUUUAUUGAGUCUGAUUAUCCAUCUUGUUGGUCAAUAACGCCAGUGAAUCAAGAAUUCUGAAGCCCGGAUUCAGCCCUUAUUCAACCAAGGUUAAGAACAACAGCAUGUCGUACCUGGCAGAUGUUGUUGAAGUUGGCGGGAACGGAGGAGAUGCUUUCGAUUUUAAUGGCACUGAAAAUGGAAGCAUGUUGCAAAAGAUCCAGGUUUGGGGAGCUGAUUACACGUUAAAAGCCGUGAGGGUGUGGUUUACUGAUGGCCGGUCCGAGCAGUUUGGUAGGCCUGCUGGGUUUACAAAACAGUUUACAUUUGAAGAUGGAGAGCAUUUCACCUCCCUUUCACUUUGGCCAAUUAAAGAUGGUACACGUCUGGGUGCAAUCAAAUUCAAGACAAGUCACUCUCGGCAGUUCUAUGCAAGAUUGAGAUUUCGGAGUCUGAAACCAGAAGUUCCAGUUGAUGUUGCUUCUGGGAUCUGCAUGGGAAUCAAAGGACGUUCAGGGUGGGAUAUUGAUCUCUUAGGCUUCAUGUUCAUCAACACUGUUAAGGCUGCUCAGCUUACCAAUGUUGUGUAUCCCACCAUUCAUGAUGUGACACCCAAAGCGGCUGUUGGAGAAAUUAAAUCCAUGUUGUACAAGAACAACACUUCUGAAACUCAUGAAUUUACAAUUGAGACCUCCAAAAAAAUCACCCAAAUAUCCUCCUGGUCUGUUAAGGGCAAAAUGGAAUCCACAUUCAGCCUGAAAGUAAGUGCAGGAAUUCCACUGCUUGUGAGGGAGGAAUCAAGAUAUGACUUAAAUAUUGGAGCUGAAGGUACAUAUGCUUCAGAGAACAGUGAAGAGAAAACAGAGCUCUCCACGUGUCCUGUUAAAGUUCCUCCAGGUAAAACCGUGGAUGUGCGCAUCACACUUGGCCAGGCUACAGUUGACCUCCCAUUCACUGGCAUCAUGAAGAUUACCUGCUAUAAUGGCAGCAUGCUGGAGUAUAAAACCAGUGGAACCUACAAGGGUGUCGCUUACACUGAUGAAAAAGUGACUGUGAAUGAAUCAAACAAAAUGCUUGGUCAAGCCUAAUAAGCUUGGAAUGAAAUUGUACUGUACUGUAAAAAACUCAGUAUCUCAGUAAAGGUCUUGCUGACUGGAGAUGUGU